AUGCAGAAAGCUGAACUAGAUGAGCUCAUUCUCAAUUACUUGGACUCCGUGGACACAUACAGCUCAUGUCAAACAGCGCUCGCUGAAGAAAUUGCACAAGCAUUCGUCAAGCUUGCUCGAGCGCGUUACCUAGGGACACAAGUGGAUACGAGCAGCUUCAAACAGACUUAUGAUCCUCACAUCACCACUUCGACAACAGUGUCCAAUGAGACCUCUGUCUCGAAAAUCGCCGUCUGCAUCAAUGGUAAGCUCAGCUCGGCAGGACAAGAUGUAGAGCCCAAUUGCCACAGACAAGAAUUGGACGGGGCCACCGCACAGAAGCAUGGAACACACAAGGAGAUGGAAUCGCAAGAAAGUCCAUUGUCCAACAAAUAUCCCCGUCCGUCUUCCCCGGUCGAGACUGAAGUUGAACUAUCAGAUGACCAAACACUAGAGCAGUUGAGUCAAUUGCACUUAGCCUCUUCGAGCAAGCCUCAAGGCCAUCCGUCCGCAAAUGCGAGCGAGCCUGCGAGUAUUCCGAGAAAGGCCAAGUCUAGUCGACGAGCACGGUCGGACCCACUCAAUGCAUUUGGCGCAAUGCCAUCUACUGCUGUCCGCGAAGCUCAACAAUCUUUCAUGAUGGUCGUUGAGCGCAGUGUAGCCGCCAUCAAUGCACGCCGCGCGUUAGAAGAACAUGAAGAGCUCGUUGCAAGCUACAAGAGGCUCAAGCCAGAGAAGUGA